AUGAGUGUAACUGGUCAUCACCAUCAGCUUGUUUUUACUGUAAACCAUGUAAUAAACUUUUAUGCGCUGAAUGUAGCGGACAUUUUUCCAUGUCAACUAAAAGCUGUUCAUGAUGCUAAACAUGAUGCUAAACUUGAAAUUAAUGAACAAACUGAUCGAGUUAGAAAAAGCCAUUCACAAUUUGAAAAUUAUUUACGUCAUCUGGUAAAGUAUGGUCAAGAACUCACUGAAACAGAAUUGAAUACAACCAACCAAAUUCAAAGUAGAGCAAAACAAUUAAAAGAAGAAAUUGAUCAAAUAGCUAAUAAACUAAUCAGUCAACUUGACCAACAAAUUGAUAGUGAAACGAAAUUAAUUGACGAUUGUGCAGGGUUCUUAUAUCCGUUAAUUGUCCAAUGUGAAGUAGCCUGUCGAUAUGCUGAUGCACUGAAAGAUUUUGGAAGGCCAGAAGAGUUACUUUUCUGUUUUGAUCAAGUGAAUGAACAAUUGAAUUAUUUAGGACAAAAGAAAAUUGAAUAUUUAGAAGCACGAAUCAAACCCUAUUUCAAAAUUGGCAAUUAUAAAUAUAGUGAAAAUGAAACAGAAACAAAUAGUCAUCUAUUCAAUUCAUCAUAUUUAUUUGGAAGUAUUGAAUAUGAAAAAAUUGUAGAAGAAUUUGUUAAAAAUGAAUUGACCAGUUGUUUAGCUGGGAAUCAACAAAAUGAACUUAAAUUAGAACUUGGUAAUAUGUGCUUAAAUCAUGAUCAAGUGUCAAUUGGUGUCAAUACUAGUCCACGAGAUCUGGCAAUAUUAAAUAAUUUUCAUGGGAAUAAUCGAUUUGGUAAUCACAAUAAUAAUAAUAAUAGUGAAUUUCACCCAAUUAAUUUAGAUGAUCAUUAUCUAUCAUCAGUAAAUGGUUAUAUGUCUACUGACAGGAAAUAUAAAUCACAGAUUAAAGAACAUGCCAAUUCAUCUAAAUAUGAAGUGUUAAAUGAAUUAGAAUUUGAUGCAAGAGUCAGUACUGAUUUACGUGAUGUUUGGCCUACUGGAUUAGCUGUAAAUCAAUCCAAUGGAGAUAUUUAUGUUGUGGAUCGAGAUAAUUCUAGAAUCAAGCUUUUUACCCAUGAUGGAACAUUUAUUUCAAGUUUAGGUGAUACCGGUGAAAUGAGUGAUCGACUUGUAAGUCCAUUUGACAUUACAAUAUCAUCCAGUCGAGGGACUAUAUUUGUAUCAGAUUAUCAACUAGAUGAGAUUCGCCUAUUCAGCUUUGAUGGACGUUCACAGGGUACAUUAACAAAAGAUAAACUUAAACAUCCACGUGGUGUAUGCUAUGGUAUUGGAUUGUUAGCUGUUGUUGAGAGUCGACGUCAUCAUAUUAGUCUUUAUGAUAUACGUUGUGAUUCUAAUUCACCUGUACGUCAAAUACCAUUUGAUAGAGGUGGUUUAGGAUUAUCUGGAGAAGAUAAUUCAAAUAAAUUUGUUUUCAAUAGUCGAACUGUAUUAACUGAACCUUAUUAUGUUGAAUUUAUUGAAGAUAGUGGAGGAUGUAUAUGUGUUACUGAUUGGGCUGCUCCAAGCGUGAAGUUGUACUCACUGACGAAUGGUUCUUUCUUAUCUUCUAUUGGUGGUUAUGGUACAACGAAUGAUAAUAUUUUACAACCUUACGGAAUAUGCUAUGCUUCAUGGAUUAAAUCAUUUCUAAUCUCAGAUCAUGUUAAUCAUCGUAUACAAUCAUGUCAAAUUAAACAUAUAAAUGAAAAUGAUAUUCAUCUAUUCAAUGAUUUCAAUAGAUCAACAAAACAAAUCAAUGAAUGGAAUGAUAUCGGUGUGAAUGAACAUAAAUUUACUUCGACUAG